CUCUGUUACCUAAGCUCUGUUACUCAAGCUCUGUUACUCAAGCUCUGUUACUCAAGCUCUGUUACCCCUACCAUAAGUGAGAGUACUCUAACCUACAUAGGAGGCAUAUCUAAUACUAUAUAUUACCCCUAAAACCUCUAGCCAGUAAUAGCACUCCUUAGUUAGGCAAGUUGAAACGAAGAUACGCAACUUUAAACCUCCCGAUCGUAGAACUCGCAUAGGAAGGAGGGCAAUCAAUCAGAGUAACCGAAGCAUCAGCUCGCUAUCUAGUAUCAAAAGCCUGUUGGAGCCUGGCCUAGGUUCCGCAGCGCUAGGUUGAAGAGGCUUAUGAUCGUAUUCAUUGGAUAGCGAUACUCUCACUAUGUUUGUUCCUUCGAAGACGUAUGUAGAUCUGACUUGAACUACGGUCCUCGACACGGAAAGAUGGUGAUUGUCCAAGUAUUCAUAUCUCGGAGCUUCAACCUAUUGAGGUUGGAAUGAAGACACUCUCCGAGAUGUAUAAAUUAAAUCGAAUCUCCCUCGAUAUCGACGUGAAACUAAAGACAGCUUGCACCGCAGACUCAUUUCUAGCUUCAAUUGAGCCCUUCCAAAAAUCCCCUUGUUCUAUCAAUCUGCCAACCAAGUUUACGAGGUACCCAAUCAUCAAGAUGGUGUCAUACACUUACCUCCUUACCAUGCUCGCGGCUACCGCCACCUUCGCCCUCCCUACCCCUAUCAUCAGCGAUGAAGAUUCCGUUGAAGCCCCCUCUGGCCAGGUCUACAUCUGCAACGGCGGCGCAGACAACAACGGAAUCCACUACGGCGACAUCCAGGAAGACACCGCGAUCAAGUACUACGGGCGGGCCAAGACGUCCCAGGGCAAGAGCGGCUACCCCAAGACCUUCGCGAACCAGGGCGAGCUCCUGAAGUUCCCCAGCGUCUGCAACAACACGGAGGUGUGGGAGCUGCCCGUGCUGGCCAGCGGCAAGCCGUUCGACAUCACGAAGAAGAAGAGUAAGAAGGAGCAGAACCACCCGGGCCCCAUGCGCGUCUACUACACCAAGGACCUCGAGUUCUGCACGAUUGGCGCGAGGAUGUACCAGAAUGACACCGGGAACCCUCAUAACUGUGAUCUCAAGGCCAAGGAGUGACUUUGGGGCUAGGAUGCGUUCUAUCUGACCUACCUACGAGGUAGAUGGGUAAGGUGGGCAUAAUGCUGUACCCUAAGUACGCUUAUGCUGAUCGAGAGCUAGGUUAGGCAGAUGGGUGGUUUGGACGGGUGCUGGUUAGGAAUGCUACACUACAGCUAUUCAGCAUUUCUACUUCCCGGGGCUUUUUUCAUUUACUA